ACUAGUCAGACGUUUGUCCGUGAUCGUUUCGCUGUUCAGUUCAGCACGCGCGUCUUACGUCUCUCGAUCAGCUGUGAGCUUAUGCCCUUUGUUGAGCCUUUUGCGGCCCUUCUAACUAUUCGCGACGCGAGUUACUCUGUUUACAAGCCCCAAACUGUGGUGCGCGAUGGAACCCCCCGGCGGGAGAGACUCCCGAUUCAAUCUGGGAUACAAUAUGAAUUUGCUGAGCGGCGAAACGCCACCCGAGAUAUACGGCAGUUCUCUUGGCAGGCCUUCUACGAGUUUGCAGCAGUUAUCGCCUCGGCAUACCAUGGUUUCUAGUGCCUGUGGUACCAGGGGUUCCCUAUCCAAGUCCGACGUGUGUUACGAUGACCGUGGGAUGACCACGGGAGGGCAGCAAGGUAUAGGACUAGAGGCUUGUGGAGUGAACGAUAUUGACGAGCCCUACGGGUCGAUGCAGGCCAAGAAAUCGCCACCGAGUAACGGGAAAAAGACCAAGGGGAGAGUGAAGAUCAAGAUGGAGUAUAUCGAGAACAAAUUGAGACGGUAUACGACGUUUUCUAAAAGGAAAACUGGGAUUAUGAAAAAGGCCUACGAACUCUCCACCCUCACUGGUACCCAAGUGAUGCUCCUGGUCGCCUCCGAAACCGGCCACGUCUACACCUUCGCCACGCGCAAACUCCAGCCCAUGAUCACCUCCGAAGCGGGCAAGGCUCUGAUCCAGACCUGCCUGAAUUCCCCCGAUCCCCCGGCGGGGGCUGGCAGCGGGGACCAGCGCAUGUCGGCCACCGGCUUCGAGGAGACCGAGCUCACCUACAACAUCUCCGACGAGGACUCUAAAGAAAACGAAUGUGACAGCAAUUCAGGCGAAGAAGACGAUGACAUCUCAGAAGAAGAGGUUAUCUGUGAGCCUCCAGUAAAAGUAUUCAAAUCUGACUCGUCCGAGAGCACUAGCGAACCUCCAGCUCCAUCCAAGGAUCCAGCACAAUCAAAAGAACCAUCCAGAGAGAAAGAAGAUCAAUCUCCGAUCAUUUCGCAAAUCAAAAAAAUCAACAACGCCUUGAUUAUGUCAAAUAAAGCUGCUGUUUCUGGUACUACGUCGAAGGAAAUUGUUAAAACCCCUCCUCCUGCUAGUACUACUGCUACUACAAGUCCUAUCAGUAAUAUUCAAGCAGUUCCUUUAAUAGUUCAGACGGCAAACGGUGUGGGUUUUGCCAGUGUUUCCGAAGGAAUGAUUUUGGGCAUGGUCCAAGGCUCUACCGAACCAAAGUUUAUUGCAUUGCCUAUAAGUUCACUUGCCGGUGGUACUAUUACCAGCGCUCCGAGUAAUAGUGCUGUAAAAGACGAUAAUGUUAGGUAGUGAUUGCUUAUAAAGGUCAAAAAAUAAACUUUGUAAGAGUUUUGGUGAGAAACAAUACCAUUUAAAUGAAUACCAAAAAAGUGGAAGCAGUCACUGUAUCAAUAUUGUAUAUAGUACUAGGAAGUCAGUGUGAUUGAAUUACCACAACAUAAAGUGGUCGGAAACCCGGGUUGUCCACAAGGGAGCUCUUUGGAAAAACAUAAAUUUAAAGAAGCUGUUUGUAUAUGAAACACUAAUAAUAUCUUUAGAAAGUAUGGAAAUUUUUAAAAUAUGACAAGCGGUUGUAAAAUGUACCAAUGCUGGCGUCAAAGUGUUGGAACGCUAAUUGUGGUUUUGUUUGUUCAGUUGACAUGAAAGAUAAGUAUCCUAGUUUUGCACGGUUGCUCAACCGCCGCUCGACUCAGGAGGAUCAAAAGAUGGUAAAAUUCUAGGACUUUUUUCAGAUUUUCUACUGUAGUUCCAAAACGUUGUGUUCUAGUCAAUAUUUCACUUUUACAAAAAUAAGACCAUUAAAUUCUGCGUAUAAUGAGUAUUAAUUCAUUCAAUUCGGUCCAGUAGUAUGUCAGAAAUCGAAAGAUGAAGAAUGGUGAUAUUUACCAAUUUUGCUGAUAAACGCAUUAAAGUGACAUUCAAACGUUCGUCACACGGAAACGAUCAUUCUAAAUAAUCAGCCAUACAAUAAAAGUUACAGAGCAUCAAAUUAGCAUUUUACAUCAAGAAAUAUAUGCCGAGAAAAAAAAUUGCGUUCCGUCGUCCAACAGUUCGUAGAAUGAGUAUUAAUUCGGUUCGAUAGUAUAGCUAAAACUGAUGCUUUAAAUUAGUUAUUUUUACCAGUUUUGCCACUUCAAAAGAGCAUCUCUUAUUCAACGACCGUAAUAAGAAUUGUCUAGUUAGCAUGCUCUAUAAAAAGCUAGAUGAUCUGACUGAUAGACUCAUUAUUACGACUGCAAUUGACUUAUCACUGAGUUAUCCAUCAAUAAUAAUUGUUUGUUUUUAUAUCAAACACUAAUAAUAUCUUUAGAAAGUAUGGAAAUUUCUAAAAUAUGACAAGCGGUUGUAAAUUGUACCAAUGCUGGCGUCCCCAGUGGAAAAACUUACGCUUGACUGAACUCCGUCAUUGGUGAAUACAUUGGUUUAGCAAUAAGCUCGGUAGUUUUAGGAAUUCGAUUCGUUUACACUUGAUAACGGUCGGUGAUACAUUUGACCGAAACGUUGUGUAAGAAAAUUAAGGAGCAUGUCUGCCCAAACAGAUAUUUUAUUUGAUAUUUCAUUAUCUAAACCAAUCAAAUUAGAAGGUUCACUUGGAGAAAAGUGUUGGAACGCUAAUUGUGGUUUUGUUUGUUCAGUUGACAUGAAAGAUAAGUAUCCUAGUUUUGCACGGUUGCUCAACCGCCGCUCGACUCAGGAGGAUCAAAAGAUGGUAAAAUUCUAGGACUUUUUUCAGAUUUUCUACUGUAGUUCCGAAACGUUGUGUUCUAGUCAAUAUUUCACUUUUACAAAAAUUAAAGACUAUUGAAUUCUGCUUAUAAUGAGUAUUAAUUCAUUCAAUUCGGUCCAGUAGUAUGUCAGAAAUCGAAAGAUGAAGAAUGGUGAUAUUUACCAAUUUUGCUGAUAAACGCAUUAAAGUGACAUUCAAACUUUCGUCACACGGAAACGAUCAUUCUAAAUAAUCAGCCAUACAAUAAAAGUUAUAGAGCAUCAAAUUAGCAUUUUACAUCAAGAAAUAUAUGCCGAGAAAAAAAAAUCGCGUUCCGUCGUCCAACAGUUCGUAGAAUGAGUAUCAAUUAAGUUCGGUAGUAUAGCUAAAACUGAAGCUUUAAAUUAGUUAUUUUUACCAGUUUUGCCACUUCAAAAGAGCAUCUCUUAUUUAACGACCGUAAUAAGAAUCGUCUAGUUAGCAUGCUCUAUAAAAAGCUAGAUGAUGUGACUGAUAGACUCAUUAUUACGACUGCAAUUGACUUAUCACUGAGUUAUCCAUCAAUAAUAAUUGUUGGACGCAACGCGAAAAUUUUCAUUUCCUCGGCAUGUAUUACUUUGUGUAAAAUGCUAACUUAAUGCUUUAUAGCUUUCAUUGUAUGGUUUAUUAUUUAGAAUGAUGAUUUCCGUGUGGCGAACAUUUGAAUGUCACUUUAAUACAUUUAUCAGCAAAAUUGGUAAAUAUCACCAUUCUUCAUCUUUCGAUGUCUGCCAUACUUCUGGACCGAAUUGAACGAAUUGAUAUUAGUUAUACGCAGAAUUUAUUGGUCUUUAAUUUUUAUAAUAGUGAAAUAUUGGCUAGAACGCAACGUUUCGGAACUAUAGGGGAAAAUCUGAAAAAAGUCCAAGAAUUUUACCAUCUUUUGGCCCUCCCGAGUCGAGCGGCGGGUAAGCAAUCUUGCAAAAUGUUAUUAAACUUUUGCUGUCAUUUUGGUAUUGCUACAUUUUUUGCAUCUAAUAAAUUUUUUAAAAUGUAAAAAGUAUUUAGAAUUGGUGCUACUAAAGUCUGUCCAACGAGUCAGCGAAGAUUUCGACAGAGGACAUCUAAAAAAUUACAUAAAAUACAACUGAUACGCACUUAUUUGUUUGAUAAACAUUAUGGUACUUAAAAGAGAAGAUUUUUAAUCAUAGAUAGUUGUUAUUUUAUUAUCACUACAGGUAGCUAAUAUCAUAUUAGACAGAAACUACUUCGAUUGUUGAAGUGCAGAGUUGACUAAACAUAACUGUAUUAUAUUAAUAAGUUAAAUCAGCAAGAGAUGUGAUUAUUUUGACAGUUCAAAUUCAAAAUUUGAUAGG